AUGAGGUUCUAUAGGACUACCAAAAGAACGUCAUCAUUGAGGGCAAGAGCUUUGGAAAAGCUGGCUCAGCUAUCUUUGAACAAAGACGAUGUCAAACAGGAUGAAUCUUUGCCACCUAUAAAUGGAAAAGGUGAGGCAGAUGCAAGGAUUUCCUCGAGAAAUACCUUAGGUCUAAUUAUGCGAUCACUACCUAUUUCUUAUUCAACUGAUACAUCAAGAUUAUUUACUAUUCCAUUGACCUUGAAUGAAUGGGAAUUAUUGUCUUCCAUUUCCCAAGUAAUCCCGGAUUCACUCUCCACAGCUGAAGAACUUCUCGAUAACCUAAUAUCCCCAUACUUUUUAGAGUCAUCAAGACAAAGAAUAUCCGAUGUUCUUUACGCCAAAUUUAAACUAGAUAAUUUGAAGAAUCCCAAUGAACUUUUAACUUUCCAAUUAACAAAAUUUCUAAUAGCUGUCUCUUCCAAACAUCCUAAAUUAAUUGAUAGAUGCUCAAAAUUAAUAGACGGGUAUUUAUCAGCUGUCAAGCAACUUUAUUCUAGCAAACAAUCAAGUUUACUUUCCUUGCUUGGUUUUAUGAAUGGGUUUAUUCAAGGAAAAAAUUCUCCUGAGUUAGCGACUUUCGUUUGGAAGCGACUUUCUUCUUUUUUCAUAGAAGAACAGUUUACCUCUCAACUCGAAUCCAUUCUUUCUUCUUCUUCUACAUAUGUGAAUGAUGUAAUUGUCCAAUAUUUUGAAGCUAAAAAUGAAAUCUGUGGUUCGCUAUAUAUCCAAUUACUUUCUAAGCUACAAUCAUCUUUUAUUUGUGACAUACUUGAUAUCCCACCCCGUUUUAGAGAUUUAUCUUCAUACUUGCUAGAGAUGCAGCAUUUGACGUAUCAGAUUACUCAAGAAGACAACGAUUCUGACGAUAAGACACAAAUUGUUGAUGAAUUCACCUAUAAAAUUCGUAAACAUAAAGAAGUACUUACAAGUAUCUGUGAAUUUUCUUUGAGAUAUUGCCAAAAUGACAAUGAUGUGGAUUUAUCAACAGACAGCAGAGCAAUAUUUUCUUUUGAUGCAAGGGGAUAUUUUAUCAAUUGCUUAUGUUUGGUUCCAUUUAUUGCUGACCCUGAUUCAGAAUUAUUUCAAGACUUUAUAAGGAUUGUCGCUGAUUCUAUGGACACAUUUGUUUUCUCUGAAAUUAUUACAGAUUCUUUGAUUAUAUCGAUCAUAUCAGCUGCUUCGUUACUAAAUUAUUUCACUGAAGAAAAUUCAUUAACGUUAUUGCGUAUUUUCCCAUUACUUGUUUCAUCUCAGUACAUUAGUACAUCGACUAUAAUUGAAAUAUCAAAAAUUUUUACAAUCGGUUUACAGCCCUUAAACGAGGACUCUAUUGUCAGCACCAUCUAUUCUUUAAAUAAUUUGCUGAUUGCCACUGAUGAUGGCUCAGCAAAUCCUAUACUAAGAGAACGUAAAUUAACGAUCACUUCUGGUGGGACUAUGAGCUUCAGUGGGGUUCGUAGGUCCGGAACAGUUGAAUCUUUACAAACAUUAAGAAGUGCAGCAAGUUCACCAUAUAGAAAAAAAACCAUAAAGAAACAAACGUCUCAUGUAUUAGCCUCAGGUGGAUCAACUACUUACCAUGGGAGGUUAUUUAAAAAUUGUGUGACGGCAACAACAACCAUCGCUUCUCAUUAUAACAAACAAUCGAUUAGAUUGUUGGCCUUUUCUAUUCUAAGCCAAAAAAUUACAGCUGUUUCCGAGGAAUUAGAUGAAAUCAUUCCAGAUGCUAUUGCAAAACUAUCUACCUACAUGACAGUAACUGAAUUUUCACAGGUUUUGAAAUUCUUCAAAGCGAUAUUAUCAAGGCAAGAGGACGGCACAUUAUUCGACGGUAUUAUAAAUGCGAAAACUAUACUAUCUACUCAUUUUCUCUCAGAGCAGUAUAACUCAGAAUUGUACAGGAUUUACCUUCGAGAUUUAUUAGAGACUAUUAUCUCAUGUGGUGAAGUGGAGAAAUUAGAACACCACAGACCUCAUACUGAAAUUUCCCGCGUCGCAGAACAGAUUUCUUCUUAUUUAGGUCCUUUAGCAGCUUUGUUACCCAAGCCAGGCGAGAAGCCCCUGGAUCUAAGUCAAGAUGAACAAACCACAAAUAUGUUAAGAAAUGUCUGGUUUAAUAUGGUCAUUCAUGGAUUUCAUUAUAAAUCAAAACUUGUUAAUAAAUACAAAAUCCAAUUACUCACAAUUGCAUAUAAUAGUCCACCAUUAGCAUCUGACUUUCCUGCAAAUAAUAAGGAGAUGUCACUAGAAAUGAAUACCAUUUUACGUCGUGGGUCUUCUAAUGCGAACGUCAAAGAACAAAAACAAGCAAUUGUGGACUAUUUCAACGUUAACGCAGUUCAAUCUAGGACAAUAUCAUUAUCAAAAAUAAUGUUCCUAGCUGCAACGACAUUGUUAGAAACCUUAAGAUGUGAAGCAGGUGAUUGUUCUAAAGUUCUUUUGUAUUUUUCAGAUCCAUCGAUUACCACCACAUCCUUGGAGAAACCAAUAAACAUUCUGGCGGUAGCUAUGAUAGCAAAAUUUUCUCAACUAGUUCAAUCAGGUGAUUUUAAAUUAUUCAAUUCGAAGACAAUUGCCUUACAAUUAAACAAUUUACUAUUGUGUUUAGCCCAUAGGAAUCCAACUCUUCAAGAGUCUGCUUUUCAUUAUAGUGAUCUUUUUAUUAGACGUAUCCCAUCAUCAUUAUGCCAUCAUCAAUCUCUAUAUACGUUAUUGGAUCUUUUGACUGCGCUUUUCGAUAGUGUUGUUGAUUGUGAAACAAAUAAAUUUGAACCUCAUUAUAAAUUUAUAUUAAAACAUUCACGAGUUGAAAUUCUACUGCCAGGUUCGUCCAUGUGGCGUACAUCAGCAUUGUCCAAGUUGCACAAGAUUGCGAAGCAAUGGGUACAGAUAAUCUUGAAUAAAUCUGCUCAAGACACUAAGAUUCUUUUACAAACUUAUGUUUCUGAUUUGAAUACGUAUAAUAUAAUGGCAAAUGUUGACUACGGUAUUUCAUUUGCCAUGGAAUUAGCAGGUAUGGUUCUAAGUGCUGACGUUGAGUUAAGUAAAUUGGAAUUCAGAGGACCCGAAAGACCAAAUACAGUUGCUAAAUUUAUUUCUCAACAUUCAUGGAGAUCUAAAUAUCUUGUUGAUACAGCAAUGGUUUCAUCUCAACAAGAUAUUGUUGAUGAACUAGGACUUUUAUCGAAUACAAUUAGGGGAAAGUUAGAUACUGGUAUUAAAGUUGUUAGUAAAGAUGUGACGAAUUUCCUUGAUAUGUCAGCUGCGUUAUUGAUUUUAGGUAAUUAUAGAUCAGGUUCGCUGCUAUAUGAUAUCGUUCAUAUCCCUUUUGAAGUCUUUACAUCAGAAUCACUGAAAUCAGCAACGAAUGUAUGGUUAAGUAUUAUCAAGGAGAGACGUGAUUUGGCUCAUCUUUUAUUAGUUGAUGUAACAUACUGUUGGUUAGAGUCAAUUAAGAAUAACGUUGGAGUAUAUUCAAGGAAAUAUGAUUUAAUUGAAGAAGAGUAUCAAAUAAUGACUUAUAAACCAUACAAUAAGAAGGCGAUUAAUAGAGAGGCCAAUUUUGUUUCACAAUCUAUGCAACCGCAUAGACAUGUCAUUAAAUUUUUCCUUUCUCAUUUUGAAGGUACAUUGUAUCAAAGCAAACACUUAUUGGCGGUCUUUACAAAAUGCGCAUUACUUGGUGUUUCGAAUUUGAAAAAAGCAUCAUUACAUCCCUUUUCACGUAUGAUACGUAAUGAAUUAUUAAUUUUUGCCAUUUUAGUACUAAUUGUCAAUGAUAGACAAGGCACAAAACUUAUUAAAGAUUUAUGUCGUGAAAUUGUAUAUGGUGGGUUAACGUGGUUCUAUGAAAAGAGGAAUUGGCCAUUUGGUUCCAAUGAAUUAAAAAUUAAGGCAGACCUAUCAACAAUGAAAAAUCUUUAUGAUAAAUUAAAUUCAGUAACGGUGAUAAUGAAAAAAUAUUGUAAUAAAGAAUUUACUUUAUUGAUGGUAUUUUUAGAAAGCGAAAUUGAGCAAGUUCAAACUUGGUUGACUCCUUUAGAUAAGAUAGAUAAGACAAGCUCUUACACAGUUACGUUAGAAAGUGUGAAGACGGCAUUUACCAUUGAUCCUCGAUUAGCUGUAUCUCUUUCUCAAAGAUAUCCAGGUAAUGAUAUUGAAUCUGGGUUAGUAACUUUAAUAAAUCAAGACCCAUUAAGAUGUGUCAAUUGUCCUAUUGCGAUAGACCCAUUUAUUAUUAAUAAUUAUCGUAAGAGAAUAUUGCCCACCGCUGCGAUGGAUAGUAAACUUAAGGAUAAGAUGCAUAUUGUUCUAUAUUGGAAACCAGUGAGCCCAUUAAAAUCUAUCAAUUUGUUUUUACCCCAAUGGAAUAGUGAUUCAUUUUUAUUACAAUACAGUGUGUUUUCAUUAGAAUCACAUGAUGUUAAUGUUACAUUUUUCUACGUCCCACAAAUUGUUCAAUGUUUAAGAUAUGAUAAGACUGGAUAUGUGGAGAGAUUGAUUUUUGAUACUGCUAAGAUUAAUAUAUUAUUUUCUCAUCAAAUCAUUUGGAAUUUGUUUGCAAAUUGUUAUAAAGAUGAUGAAGGAACAGUGCCUGAUGAUAUUAAGCCUACCUUAGAUCGUGUUCGUGAAAGAAUGGUUUCAUCAUUUGAUGCCGAUACGCUUGAUUUUUAUAAGAAAGAAUUUGGUUAUUUCAACGAAGUGACUAGUAUAUCAGGUAAAUUGAAACCAUACAUUAAGAAAAGUAAAGCUGAGAAGAAGCACAAGAUUGAUGAAGAGAUGAAUAAGAUAGUAGUUAAACCUGGCGUUUAUUUGCCAUCUAAUCCUGAUGGUGUGGUCAUUGAUAUUGAUCGUAAGAGUGGUAAGCCAUUACAAUCGCAUGCAAAGGCCCCUUUCAUGGCUACUUUCAAGAUCCGUAAAGAUAUUGAGAAUGAAGAUACAGGUAUUACCGAGAAUGUUGAAAAAUGGCAAGGUGCAAUUUUCAAAGUGGGUGAUGAUUGUAGACAAGAUGUGUUGGCUUUACAAUUAAUAUCUAUGUUUAAGACAAUUUGGUCUAGUAUUGGGUUGGAUGUGUAUGUUUUCCCCUACAGAGUGACAGCAACUGCUCCUGGAUGCGGUGUUAUUGAUGUUUUACCAAACUCUAUAUCUCGUGAUAUGUUAGGACGUGAGGCAGUCAAUGGACUUUACGAAUAUUUUAUCACUAAGUUUGGUAGUGAAAGUACCAUUGAAUUUCAAAAUGCACGUAAUAAUUUUGUCAAAUCUUUGGCAGGUUAUAGUGUUAUUUCUUAUUUGUUACAAUUUAAAGAUAGACACAAUGGUAAUAUUAUGUAUGAUGAUAAGGGACAUUGUUUACAUACUGAUUUUGGUUUCAUCUUUGAUAUUGUUCCAGGGGGUGUUAAAUUUGAAGCAGUUCCAUUUAAAUUGACCAAAGAGAUGGUUAAAGUUAUGGGAGGUUCAUCUCAAGCUGCGGCAUAUCAAGAUUUUGAAGAACUAUGUAUCAAGGCAUAUUUAUCAGCUAGGCCCCACAUGGAUUCAAUCCUUGAAUGUGUCAAACCCAUGUUAGAGAGUGGGUUACCAUGUUUCAAAGGUGAGAAGACGAUCAAGAAUUUGAGAAAUAGAUUUCAACCUGAGAGAGAUCAACAUGAAGCAGCAUUGUUUAUGAGAGGUCUUAUCAAGAAAAGUUACGAAAGUUUGUUCACGAAGGGUUACGACGAAUUCCAGAGGUUGACCAACGGUAUUCCAUAUUGA